AUGCGACCAACCUCUGAGGAAGAAGAGCGCAGAGGAGUAAAGUACCGUCUCCCUUCCAGCAUCAUCACUUUUAACCACCACCACUCCUCUUUGGACUUAAACCACACCAAACUGGAUCCUAUUGUCGUCUGUUUACUAACAUCUCACAUCUGAUAUCAGGAUGUCUGACAAGAGCGAGCUGAAGGCCGAACUGGAGAGGAAGAAACAACGGAUUGCGCAGAUUCGAGAGGAGAAGAAGAGAAAAGAAGAGGAGAAGAAGAAAAAGGAUGGAGACUCCAAGCGUGGUGCCGAGGCCGGCUCCUCCGCUGGCCAUGAAGACUCGGACCUGGACAGGAAGAGGAGGGAGGCAGAGGCUCUGCUGCAGAGUGUCGGCAUCAACCCUGACAUGCCCCACGCUCAGCCCCUGAGGGUAGUAACAGAAGAUACAUGUCUGUUUCACUACCUAGUCCCCGCCCCCAUGUCUCCCUCCAACAAAUCAGUGGGCAGCGAUGCAGGAAGCCAAGAUUCCGGGGACGGAAACGCAGGACCAAGGACAUUGCAUUGGGAUCCUGACCCCUCUACUCUGCAACUCCACUCCGACUCUGAGCUCAUGGGACGAGGAGCAGUGAGACUGGGUAUGUCCAAAAUGACCCAAGUGGACUUUGUCCCGAAGGAGUUAGUGUCUUACUGCAAAGAAACACAGACACCCACUGAAGCCCAGACACACACCGAUCAAAAAGCAGAUGAGGAAGAAGAUGAAGAGAUAGUUGCCCCCCCACCAGCGGAGGACGCUCAAGAGGAGAAAGAUGAACAGGGUGACCAGCAGGAGGAUGACACCCCCAAAGAGCUGACAGAGGAGGAGAAGCUGCAGGUCCUACACUCUGAGGAGUUCUUGUCGUUUUUCGAGCGAGGCAGCAGAAUUGUAGAGAGAGCUCUGGCCGAGCAGGUGGACGUCUGCUUUGACUACAGUGGCAGAGAUCUGGAGGAUAAAGAGGGUGACUUGCAGGCCGGUGCAAAGCUGGUGCUGAACAGGCAGUUUUCAGAGGAGCGCUGGACCAAAAAUAGAGUAGUCACCUGUCUUGAUUGGUCUCCUCAGUAUCCAGAGCUGCUGGUUGCUUCUUAUAACAACAAUGAGGAUGCUCCCCAUGAGCCAGAUGGAGUGGCUCUGGUCUGGAACUUGAAGUACAAGAAGGGCACACCUGAGUACAUUUUCCACUGCCAGUCAGAGGUGAUGUCAGCAGGGUUUGCCAAGUUUCACCCAAACCUGGUUGUGGGUGGAACAUACUCAGGACAGAUCGUCUUAUGGGACAACAGGAGCAACAAGCGCACCCCUGUGCAGAGAACUCCCUUGUCUGCAGCUGCACACACACACCCAGUCUACUGUGUGAACGUAGUUGGAACCCAAAACGCUAACAACCUGAUCAGCAUUUCCACGGAUGGUAAAAUGUGCUCUUGGAGCCUUGACAUGCUCUCCCAGCCGCAGGACAGUCUGGAGCUGGUGUUCAAACAGAGCAAAGCCGUGGCUGUCACUUCCAUGGCCUUUCCUUUGGGAGAUGUCAACAACUUUGUGGUGGGGAGCGAAGACGGAUCCGUCUACACCGCUUGUCGCCAUGGGAGUAAGGCUGGUAUCACUGAGGUGUUCGAGGGCCAUCAUGGUCCAGUGACUGGGCUGAGCUGCCACAGUGCUGGAGGACCUGUUGACUUCUCCCACCUCUUCAUCUCAUCCUCUUUUGACUGGACUGUCAAACUCUGGAGCACUAAGAGCACCCGACCUUUGUACUCGUUCGAGGACAGCUGUGACUAUGUCUACGAUGCCAUGUGGUCUCCUACACACCCUGCUCUGUUUGCCUGUGUGGACCUGGCUGGACGCUUGGACCUGUGGAACCUCAACAAUGAUACUGAAGUUCCCACAGCCAGUGUGAGUGUGGAGGGGGCUCCAGCUUUGAACCGCGUGAGAUGGGCUCACUCGGGCAAAGAGAUCGCCACUGGGGACUCAGACGGACAGGUCCAGGUGUAUGAUGUAGGAGAGCAAAUCUGUGUGCCCAAGGCCGACGAGUGGACGCGCUUCGUCAGGACGCUGGCUGAGAUCAACGAGAACCGAGAUGAAGCCGAGGAACUGGCGAACGCCUGAUUGUUACAAAGCCUGCACUGACAAAAAGCUCUAAUUUCCUCUCCUGUAAUCGAUAUAUAGCACACCACACCGGCUUCCAGCUUUUCCACCAACUGCGACAUGAUUUGGCCUGAGGAGAUGUGCAGAGCUAGAAGGGACAGAACAGACAGUUUUAGACCAGCUUUAGAAGUGUUAUGAAAUGUGUCUUUAAGAGUUUUAGGGUAUGUGUAGGAACAAAGAAUGUCACGUGUAGCAGUAGUAUUACAGAAUGCGAUUGGAAUUGGAGGGAAGUGGUUUUUCAGCACUGACGUGGCUGUCCACUCUAAACUUCUAGCUUUGAUAACAUCCUCAGGGCUCCAGAAACUGCUCUUCUCCUGAGGCCUCAACCAACUCAACCCUUUUUUAAUAUAUGCAAACCUUUGUACCUGCACCUUUUUAUUACCAUUUGAGUGUUUUUACAUGUUUUAAUAUUUUCCAGACAUGCUUUUGCAGCUGGCCAGGGAAGUUUUUCAACCAAGUGACAAAAGAAAAGUGGACAUAUCACAUUUCUCAGCAGCACUUAACGACUCAAACAGCUGGUGUGCUUUUACAUGCACUCUGUGGCCUGUGCAGGAGUGUGUCAAUCUUAUAUUUUAACCACUACAAUAUUUAAUAUUUAUUCUGGUGGUUACACUUAUUUAAAUAUUUUGUGUAUGUUUCAAAGUUGCUGCUUUGUACCAAGAGCUUGAGUAGUACAUUCCUAAAAUUAGCACUACAAGGCUUUUUACCAGGCUAAAUCUGAUGCUAUACUUGCCUUGAGUUUAAUGACACUAGUACAGUUCAAAAGUGAUGUUUUCUGUACCAAAGGACAUUGUUUUAUACUAUGUACCUGUGCUACAGUGGAUAGCAAAAGUCUAGACUCCCUUGUUAAAAUGCCAGGUUUUGUGAUGUAAAAAAUUGAGACCAAGAUAAAUAAUGUCAGAACGUUUUCCACCUUUAAUGUGACCUAUAACAUGAACAAUUCAACUGAAGAAAAAAAAUGAAAAUAUUUUAGGGGGGAGAACAAGACAUACAAAUUGUAAAUGAUGUUGUUGCAAAAGUGUACACACCCUUUAACUAAUAAUUGUUUGAAGCACCUUUUACAUUUUAUUACAGCACUCUGUUUAAUCUUUGUAGGAGUCUAUUAGCAUGGCACAUCUUGACGUGGUAAUAUUUGCCCAUUCUUCUUUACAAAAAAGGUCAAAAUCCAUCAGAUAGUGAGGGCAUCUCCUGUGCACAGCCCUCUUCAGACCACCCCACAGAUAUUCAACUGGAUUCAGGUCUGGACUCUGGCUGGGCCAUUCCAAAACUUUAAUCUUCUUCUGGUGAAGCCAUGCUUUUGUUGAUUUGGAUGUAUGCGUAUUGAAAGGUGAAAUUCCUCUUCAUCUUCAGCUCUCUAAUGGAGUCCUGGAGGUUCUGUGUUAAACUGACUGGUGUUUGUAACUGUUCAUACUUCCCUCCACCUUGACUAAGGCCCUGGUUCCAGCUGAAGAAAAACAGGCCCAAAUCAUGAUGCUGCCCCCACCAUGCUUCUCUGCGGGUCUGGUGUUCUUUAUGUGAUGUGCGGUGUUGUUUUUAAGCCUAAUAUACCUUUUGGAGUUAUGGCCAAAAAGUUCAACCUUGGUUUCAUCAGACCAUAAAACAUUUGAUGCUUUUGGAGACUUCAUGUAUGUUUUUGAAAAUUUUGCCGGGCUUGGGUGUUUUUAUUGAUUAGAAAUGGCUUCCGUCUUGCCUCCCUACCCAUAGCAGAAACAUAUGAAGAAUAGGAGAGAUGUUGUUUCAUGUAGUACACAGCCAGUACUGGUCAGAAAUCCCUGCAGCUCCUUUAAUGUUGCUGUAGACCUCUUGGAAGCCUCCCUGAACAGUUUUCUUCUCGUCUUCUCAUCAGUUUAGGAGGAAUGUCCAGUUCUUGGUAAUGUCACUGUUGUUCCAUAUUUUCUCUACUUGAUGGUGACUGUUCUCAGUGUGGUCCAUGGUAUAUCUAAUGACCAUGAGAUCCCUCUGCUGCUUUUGAAGCUCUGUGGACCAUGGCUUUUGCUGUAAGAUGCAACUAAUGAAAUGUCAGGAAAAUCCUCCUCGAACAGCUGAUCUUUAUUGGGAUUAAUCAAAGUCACUUUAAAUUAUGACGUGUGUAUACUGAAUACUAUCUGUCAUGAGUUUGAAUGUGAUUGGUUAAUUCUGAACCCAGCCACAUCCCCAGUUAUAAGAGGGUGUGUACACUUAUGCAACAAUUUAGUUAUUUAUUUUUUAUUCUUCCCUUUAAAAGAUUAGAUUUUUUUAAUUGAAUUGUUCAUGUUAUAGGUCACAUUAAAAGGUGGAAAAAGUUCUGUCAUGAUUUAUCUUGGUCUCAUCUUUUACAUCCCAAAACCUGGCAUUUUAACAGGGGUGUGUAGACUUUUAUAUCUGGUGUAUAUGUAGUAAAGAACAGUUACCUGAUGCGUCCUCUUUGAGAGGAUCUAAAUGAAGUUCAUGGAGUUUUAAACAGGAGAUGUAAAGCUGAGGUUGAAAAGUAUUUUAUCACAAGACGUGGAUUGAUUUGUAUUAUUUUUCCUUUUUUCAUCCAGUUUAUCAUUCCAGGACGCAGCAGCCCAAACUCAUAAGGCUGGUUUGAGAUUUCAGUAUCCACAAUGCUUCUAUUAAAUGUUUAGAAAGAGCUUCAAAAUGUACUGUAGCAGCCAUGUUUGAUCAAACAUGAAGAUCAGUAUUCUGCUUAGACUCAUUGUACUGUACUUUUCCCUGUUACUAUUCUACACACAGUCAAUGGUUGCACUUUUGCAAUGGAAUAAAACUCUAAACAUAUUGUUAAAAUUAAAA